GUGAUGGUGAUGGUGGUCGUGGUGCUAUAAACAGGCCGCGUUCCGUGGAAAUAGAUUCUCUCGGCGGCGGAGCUAGAUCGAGUCGUUAGUGGAUAGAGGGCGGUGUUGUGUUUGCCACGGCGGUGAUCGGUGGUUGGGUGUAACGGCAGUUCGUCCGUGUUUUUGACGUAGAGACGUUUACGUUUGCCUAUCCUUACAUGCGUGUGCAAGUGCUGAUCAUAUAUUUAGUUAUACUACUGGUGCCGAUUCAAACCCCGGCGUUGCUGGUUCGUCUACACAUGCACAAGUCGUGAACACAUCGUUAUAUUACUGUUGGCGAUUCAAAUGCUGCUGUGAUCAGUUCGUCUGCACGCGUAGAAGUUGUGAUCGUAUCGAACGUUACACUAACUGGUGCCAACUCAGAUGCCGAUGUAGCUGGUUCGGUCACACGUGUGCAACUGGUCAUCAUAUAAAGCUCUUGAUCGGGUAUAGUUGUACUACCGUUGCCAAUUCAAAUCCCGAUGUUGCUAGUUCGUCUGCACGCGUGCAAGUUGUGAUCGUAUCAUUAUACUAACUGGUGCCGAUUCAAAUCCCGAUGAAAGUCGCUGUGAGAUGGAUCAAGCUGCGUCCAUGGUUAACGUUGGUAGAGUGAGAGGAUGCCGCAGUGUACCCACCAAGUUGGCCACAAAUCCACACGCGUUUUGGGUUGUGCUCAAGCAGCAGAAUGAGAAGACAAAGGUGGAUCCAGAAGAGCUGUUCACUAAGCAGGAGAGGAUUGGCAAGGGCUCCUUUGGCGAGGUUUACAAGGGAGUUGAUAAACGAACACAGGAGGUCGUAGCAAUAAAGAUUAUAGACCUUGAGGAGGCUGAAGAUGAGAUUGAAGACAUUCAGCAGGAGAUCAUGGUGCUGUCUCAGUGUGAUAGUCAAUACGUUACAAAAUACUUCGGCUCAUACCUCAAGGGAACUAAGUUAUGGAUCAUCAUGGAGUAUCUUGGAGGAGGUUCAGCACUUGAUCUCUUGAAGGCUGGACAAAUCGACGAGACGUACAUACAGAUCAUUUUACGAGAAAUUCUCAAAGGCCUUGAUUAUUUACACAUGGAAGGGAAGCUUCACAGAGAUAUCAAAGCUGCUAACGUGCUGCUGUCGGAGCAGGGCGAGGUGAAGCUGGCUGACUUUGGAGUCGCGGGUCAGCUGACGAGCUCGGCUAGCAAGCGCACGACGUUCGUCGGCACGCCGUUCUGGAUGGCGCCCGAAGUGAUCAAACAGUCGGCCUACGACUUCAAGGCUGAUGUAUGGAGUUUAGGCAUAACUGCAAUAGAACUAGCAAAGGGAGAACCACCGUAUUCAGACUUGCAUCCAAUGCGUGUACUUUUCCUCAUCCCAAAGAACAACCCUCCACAGCUGACUGGCAACUACAGCAGACACUUCAAAGAUUUUGUUGAUUCGUGUCUGAAUAAGGAACCAGAAAAUAGGCCGACGGCAAAGGAUCUGCUAAGGCAUCCCUUUAUCAAGCGGUCGAAGAAGACGUCAUAUCUGGUUGAGUUGAUAGAACGCUACAAGCAGUGGAAGCUGCAGGGUGGAUCCAACGGCGACGAUAGCAAUAGUUCUAGCGAUGAAGAAGAUGGCGGGGACGAUCUGGAAGAUGAAAAGGAACCAUGGAGCUACCCAACAGUAAAAGGUGCACCGAAAUCGUUGAACAUAGACACGCUUGAAGAUAACAUUCCACCACCUCGGCCAUUGCCAAGGAAAGGGGAUAAGCAGGUGGUGCACCCUGGUGCACAAAAUGGAGAAGCGGGCAUGAAAGAUGGUUCGCCAAUCCGGGAUCCAUACAACGGGCAGCACUCUCCAGCGAGGAAAGCUCCGCCGGUGCCGCAGAAGGGGCUUUCACCUGAUCGCCAACCAAGGAUAGAGCCACACUCUAGCCGACCACAUCCGCCUGCUGCCAGUUGUCUUUCAUCGAUCCUUUAUCCUAUUAUAACCGAGUUACGAAACAAGUACACGACCGGUAGUCGAACCCCGCACGCGGCCUCUGAUGCAUUCGAGGAGCUCAGAAACGCAUUCGAUAUCGCUGAGAGGACUUGUCCCGGAAUCAGCGAGGAGUUGUUGACGGAAAUCGUGAGGAAGCUGUCACCUGGCCUUAGCGAACUGAGGCUGAAGCAUGCAACCGACAAAUUACGGGGGUUAAGCUUAUAGAAGAGAAUGAUCAUGUGCAUGCCACUUUCACACGUUAUCCAGCAUCAUCCAGAACGUUCCGCAUCGAAAAGAAACAGAGCAAGUUUAGAAGAGGAAUGAAGAUGAAUACAAAUGAAAGUGCCAAGAAACUCUAGGAGUGCACUUUAGUGAAUUGCCGACAAGGGGCUAUAGUAUGAGGCACAGCUGAGUUUGCUUUUUGCUCCGUGGUAAUAUGCAGAGCUCGUCUACAUGUAUAAUCAAAGGGUAUUUAGUAAUUAAUCACACCACAGCACAAACCAGAAUUGACUGCAUAUAUAUAUAUAUAUAUAUGUGUGUGUAUAUAUAUGUACGUUGUCAUUUUUCACUGCAACAUGGUCUGUAGUGAGAAUGAAAAGGAGAUGAAAUGGUCAGCACGAAGGGUAGUGUAGCUGUGUUGUGUAUAACCGAGUGUGAAGAGCCGGGCAGACUACUGUGCAACAAGUUGAUUGAUGUUGCCAAAUUCACACACGCACACGUGCACUUGUACACACAAACGCACGCGCGCGUCCACACACACAGACACGCACGCACGCACGCACACACAAACACAGAUACAGACAGACACACACACAGACACACAACUUACAAGGCAUGGUCUAAUAGUUUCCUUUUUGUAUGGGCACCGGCACGUAUAGUAGCGUUUUAUGUAGGGUUUGACAUGCCAUACACAUUUACGUGCAUCUCGUUUCCAUGUACUUAGGGAACAUGUGAAGCUUACGCGCUUUGGUCAAGUGCUGUUUUGGACUGUGUACGUGCUUAUGCUGUAGCCUAUGUAUCAGUGUAUGUUACAUGCUGCCGUAGCCCUCACCAAAUAACGCUGGAGGUUAGAUGAGGAUAUUUUUGUAAUGUUGCCUCUAUUUCGAGUUGUAAAUAGUCAUGAUUGAUAUGUUUUAUGCAUUUGUGAAGUGAUAAAUAUGCCAUUUGAUUUUGCCUGCUAUCGGGAAUAGAUGACGGCUUGCUGUCAGCCGUAGCUUAUCGAACACGAACCGGAUUUCUUGUUGCUUUACGUGUCAUUAAAACAGGGUACAUCCUGCGUAUUUCAGUAUCGCCGCUUAGCGAUGCUUGAAAAUUCAUGACACAUGUUAUAGUCUCUGUACUGAUACUUUUGGGGGAAAACCAGCUAAUGACGUGCGGAACCAUACGGAUAUGAUGUGAAUAGAAGUUAUAGAACAUGUUAACAGGAACAUCAAGUAACAGAUUUAUAGCAGUGUGAGGUAUCUGUCACUCAUUGUCACUAUAGGGUUCACGUGUUACUAGUGCACCCGCUUGCUGACACCAACCAGAAAAACCCUAUUACAUGCAGCACAAGUCAGUGAUCUGUAAAUAAUGCCUAAAAAUUGAGCUGCAUGGAAUUGGGUCAUUUAGUUGGAUGCUCGCAAUUUUGUCAAUUUGGAUUGAGAUGGGGAUUGCAGACGCAAUGCAUACUGCCUGCCACCUGUUACUAAGUGUAAGCACUUCUUAUUGGAGCACCCUAGGUUUUAUUAUGAGAUUGCAUAACGUGGUCACAGAUUGUAGCCAGUCUCCAACCCACUGCAUGCAUGUGUUGAGCAAACUGAUAAAGGCAGUUCUGUGAGUCACGUCUUCUGCUGUACAUGUGGCCAUUCGUUUUCUUUGUUCGCAAUCAAUCAUAUAACGUUGAACGAAUGUCCAUCGUCAGUGGUUUUCGGGAUUCAUCAACACAUUUCACUUUUCUCUACUUCAUUCAAAUACUAGACCCAUAGCGGUACACAUUCUAUUGCAAAGCUGCAGGUGUAUAAGUGCAUCUUGUGCAACAGGAUGCGAUCAAUUUUGCCAGAUUGGUGUGUAUGAGAACACAAUGCAACACACUGCUUCAAUCGGUUUCUGUGCUGCGCUUCCCUUCCCCAGUUAUACCUCUGCAAACUGUCUCAGCUUAUUCGUUUGAAACAGUGAGAGAUGUUAAAGGGUUAAAACAAUCUGCCCCAUGUUUUAGUAGUUAACAUACAUGUUUAUUAUACAGAAUAUAACAUUAAAUUGUUGUACAUGCUUUCUGAGAAAUGAUGCGAAAUAAAUAAUUAUUAUCAAUCACA